AUGCAAGAACAGUUAGAAGUAUUCCAAGAUGAGAUGUUCUGGACGAUCAGCAUUGGAUUCUUCAUUGCUUCAAUUCUUGCAUUUGCUAUUGGUGCCAAUGAUACAGCAAAUUCUUUUGGAACGAGUGUUGGAAGCAAGGUGCUUACACUCCAGCAAGCUUAUUUACUAGCUUCCAUUUUUGAAACCCUUGGAGCAACUCUUUUGGGAUACCAGGUCACGGAUACAAUGCGAAAAGGCGUCAUCGAUCUGGCUGUUUACAAUGGUAGCGAAAAUGAGCUUAUGCUUGGCCAAAUUUCCGUACUGUCAGGAUGCGGUGCAUGGCUACUUAUAGCGACAUUUUUGAAGCUACCAGUGUCAACUACUCAUAGUAUUGUUGGAGCAACCCUUGGUUAUUCUUUGCUAGCCCGUGGUACGCAAGGAAUACGCUGGUGGCCAGUCAUCCGCAUAUUUAUAUCAUGGUUCCUGUCACCUUUGCUUUCGGGCAUCGUUUCAAUUCUUUUUUAUUCAUUCAUCGACCAUGCUGUAUUGCGACGUCGACGUCCUUUGCACUAUGGCCUAAUUCUUUUGCCUGUUUUGUAUUUCAUCUGCAUAGCUGUCAACCUUUUUGCCGUUAUGUACAAUGGUUCUGAAUUUUUGGGUUUUGACAAGAUGCCGACAUGGGUUGUUCUGGUGAUAACAUUUAGCGUAGCAGCAGUUGUUGCGUUUCUUGUGCAUUUCAUUAUGGCACCGCGACUGAAAAAGCGCAUUUUAGGUGCAUGUUCCCUGUUGCACUAUGAAGACGGAAAACACUUGACACUGGGACCAACUAACAGCGGAGAACAACAACUAGCUGAAAUAUCUGUUGAUUUGCUCAACAACAAUGGUAACAAUACUGAUUUGACUAUGAUAGAGGAAGAAAGGAGCGUGGUAUCCAGCAAUUUGCAAACAAGUAAUAUCGAUGGACAUCACGGUUUGGGUGCGAAUACGGUACAACCAACGAGAAGUAUCGGAACCUUCUUUCGUUCCUCCAAACCGGAAGAUCCGCAAGCAUCUCAGUUGUUCAGUUUCCUUCAAGUGCUUACAGCUUGUUUCGCCGGUUUCGCGCAUGGUGGCAACGAUGUGAGCAACGCAAUUGCCCCGCUCGUGUCACUGUAUUCCAUUUACAAGGAGAAGUCGGUGAUGCAACGAUCCACAACACCUGUUUGGCUUCUGCUUUACGGUGCUUGUGGCAUGUGUAUGGGUCUUUGGGUAUUGGGACAUCGGGUUAUCUACACAGUUGGUGAGAACCUCACCAAAAUCACGCCACCAAGUGGCUUUGCAAUCGAAUUUGGUGCUGCUGCAACAGUAUUAGCUUCAAGCAAGUUUGGUCUUCCAGUAAGCUCCACACAAUGCAAGGUUGGCAGUGUGGUAGCAGUAGGUGUGGUACAGGCAAGCGGCUCUGUAAAAUGGUCUACUUUCCGGAAUAUAUCAUUGUCCUGGCUUGUUACUUUACCUAAACAGUUAGGUACAAAUAUUAAAUGCACUACAACUCCUGGUUGUGGCAUAAUGUAUGUCACUUAUGGACGGGCAUCUGCCGAGAGAGGUAUCCUCAGUGCACUGGUAAUGUUGGUUGCGCGUUCAGUCGUUCUGUGA